CCCCCCGCCGGCUCGGCAGCCAGGAGCGGGGCGGCGCGCCGCGGCUCCUUCGGACGCGGAGCACGUCUCAAGAUGGCAGAGUUAUUCAUGGAAUGUGAGGAAGAGGAGCUAGAACCAUGGCAAAAGAGAGUGAAAGAAGUGGAGGAGGAUGAUGAUGAUGAUGAACCGAUCUUCAUUGGAGAAAUCUCAAGCUCAAAGCCAGCUAGUACAUGUACAGUUACUUCAUUCAAGUCUGACAGUCACCGUUAUGCAACACCUGCCUCCUGUCCCAGUGCCAUGCCUGUUUCAUCAGUGUUUCAGUCUGUAUCCAGAUCUACUGCUAGCUCUGUAGCAGUUCAGCCGUUGUCUAGACCAGUGAAUGUUUCAGGAGCUUCACAGGCACUGCAGAGACCAGUUGCUGGGUGUUUAUCAGCACAGCAGGCAACCCGAUCAAGUUCUGGAAUAUCACAGCCUGUUAGCAGACCUGUAACCAUUCCAGUCACGACACAGCCGGUAUCAAGAAAUAUCGCAGUUCCUCUAGUGGCCCAACCUGUAUCCAGGCCAGUGACCUCUGUGACAACGCAGCCUAUCAUACUCAACCAGGAUUAUAUUAUGGAUUCUCCACCAGAUGCACCAGAUGACACAUCUGGUAUACUGUUCGGUGUGAGACAGAGCUCGGGAGUUCCACAGUACCAGACUGAGCCAACAGUGAGUCUAACAGAUACAAGUACUGCAUCAAGCAACAUUAAAAAUGGAGGGCCAUUUCCACGAGCUUGUCCAAAGUGCAAUAUUCAUUUCAAUCUUAUGGAUCCUUUAAAAAAUCAUAUGAAGUAUUGUUGUCCAGAUCUGGUUAAUGACUUUUUUCUGGGUGUGGUCCAAACGGAAUGUUCCACUACAACAAGCAAGACUACUGAAUAUGAGAAAGGAAAGUUGAUUAUGUUAGUUAAUGAUUUCUAUUAUGGGAAACAUGAAGGUGAUACCCAACAGGUACAACAGGAGCAGAAGACUCAUACAACAUUUAAGUGCUUCAGCUGCCUGAAAGUUCUUAAAAAUAAUAUAAGGUUUAUGAACCACAUGAAACAUCAUUUAGAGCUUGAGAAGCAAAGCAGUGAAAGCUGGGAAAGCCACACCACCUGCCAACACUGUUACCGUCAGUUUCCCACCCCAUUCCAGCUGCAGUGCCACAUUGAAAGUACACACACACCUUAUGAGUCUUCUACUAUUUGUAAAAUCUGUGAAUUAUCCUUUGAAACAGAACAGGUUCUUUUGCAACAUAUGAAGGACAAUCAUAAGCCAGGUGAAAUGCCAUAUGUUUGCCAGGUAUGCAACUACAGAUCCUCAGCUUUUUCAGAUGUAGAAACACAUUUCAGAACAGUUCAUGAAAAUACAAAACAUCUGCUAUGUCCAUUUUGCCUCAAAGUAAUUAAAAUUGGAGCACCGUAUAUGCAUCAUUACAUGAGGCAUCAGAAAAAAGGAAUAUACCGUUGCACUAAGUGUAGACUGCAGUUUUUGACUUGCAAAGAAAAAAUGGAUCACAAGACUCAGCAUCACCGAACAUUUAGAAAGCCGAAACAGUUGGAAGGAUUGCCUCCUGGAACAAAGGUUACUAUUCGAGCAUCUAUUGGAUCUCUUCAGUCAGGAUCUUCAGUUAGCACAAGCACAUCCACGUUUCAGUUAUCACCUAAAGCGAAGAAUACGACUGCUAGGAAUCAUAGCAGAUCUAAUUCAAAUAAAUCAAAAGCAAGAUCAAAACCAGCAACUGCACUGAAGAAGCAAAAUGCAUGGACCAACAGCAGCAGCAAAAAAAAAAAGGUUACAAAUACAGCAUUGCAUAAUCUAAGGUGUCGUUUGGGAGCUCACAAAUGCAUUGAAUGUUACUCAGAGAUUAAAGAUUUUGCAAGUCAUUUUCCUGCGUAUGUCCAUUGUAGCUUAUGCAGAUACAAUACUAGCUGUAGCAAAGCCUAUGUGAAUCACAUGAUGAGUUUUCACAGUGCUCGUCCAAGUAAAAGAUUUUGGAUAUACAAGAAGCAUUCAGAAGAGCUACGAGGUGUGACUGUAGUAUGUCUUAACUGUGAUUUUCUGACUGAUGGUUCUGGCUUAGAUAGGAUGGCCACACAUCUGAGCGAAAGUCAUGCUCAUGCUUGUCAAGUUAUUAUAGAGAAUGUUUCUGUAGAUUUACCAACUGCUGAACAAGUAUCUGACAAACAGGAGCUUGAUUCUUCAGAGGAAACAAAAGAAUGCAAUAGAAACCAAAAUGAAAUUGCAUCAGUUGAAAAGACUGAAGAAAAUUCAUCAUUGUCAGAUACAGAAAAUGUUCCCAAUUUGGAACUCCAUGAUAACAGCACGAAGAAAUCUUUGCAUGAGAAAGGAACAUGUUGUGAUUCAGAUCAUAAUAAACAAUUGGUAGGCGAGAAACAAAAAUGUAUUCAUGGAGAAAGUGAGUUGAAAGCUUCCCAAAGAUCAGAUGAUGUUGUCUUGACUGAUCAGACUAAAGUGCAAAACUUGGAUAAAAUUACACUUUCAGCGAUGAAUGCAAAGGACUUAAAGCUAACUUUGGGUGAAGAUGUUAGUUUUGAGCAGUUCUUGAGAAAAAGAAAUGAACCCGAAUCAGUUAGUUCAGACAUGAGUGAACAAGGCAGUAUUCAUUUGGAGCCUUUGACUCCGUCAGAGGUACUAGAGCACGAAGCAACUGAAAUUCUUCAGAAAGGUAAUGUUGCACCUUCAUCAAAGCAAGCUGAACAACUCUCUGAACAAACAGACAAGACUUCUCAAGAAGGCAGUCCCAGCAGAAUGGAAACAACUGUAAACAAAACAGAUGAAAAUGAAGCAAGCUGAAAUUACAUACAUUUCCUUGUGUGUUAUAUAUAAUGAUAGGAACACCAUGGACCAUUCCUGAUGAGUGUGCUCAUUGAUGCUAAUGGUUUGGGGAUUUUUUGAAAGGGAAAUUUGGCAUACGGAGAUAAAAUAUGUAUGCACAACUGAAUCAAGUAAAUUUAGAAAAGGUAAUGUCUUUUUAAGUUUCUCUGCUAUUUCUUCUCUCGUAUAUAUGAAUAAACUGAGUUGAAAGGAGGAAAAAAAAUCUAUUUUUUGUAUCUGGAAUAGAUAACUUGCUAGUCAAGAGAAGAUUUUAAAAACUCUUUUAAUGAAGUGGAACUUAGUAUGAAUUUAGUUCUAAUGCUGAAAUGAAGCACACUUGUAGCAAUGGUUGUUGGUCUGCUGAUAGCUGGGUAAACACAAGCUUUGGAUUUGGUAUCACAUUCCUUUCUGUAAAAGCAUGUAAACAAUUUUAUGAAUCUAUGCACCUCUGUACAGGUGUAAUCCUGCCAGACUGUAAACUUGACUUAAACUUUCAGUGAAAGUGGAAAUACUACAAUAAAAUAUAUAUAUUUGUGGGGUUUUCAGUAUGCAGACUGUGCAGAAAUACCAGACAUAAUUGUAAAAAGUAGGACAUACUGCUAAAAGUACUGUAGCUUUUAGGCUUUUACCAUUGUUUUAAAUAUUCUUAGUGGUAGACCCAUAGGAAUGGUCUGUAAGGCAAACCAAAGUAUGGUUUAAUGUAAAAAUUGUUUUAAGCAAGAAGGAGAACCCCAAACUGGAAGUACCAGCUGGCAUGCAUUCUGCCAUUUAACAGCUGCUACUUGCUGACUCUUAGAAAAAAGGACACGAGAGCAUAUACUGUGGGAAUGUACAGUUCAAUUUCACAAGUUUUUGUAGUCUAAGUAAUAUUCAAAAAGAUAGCUGCUGGUUUUUUUUGUUUUGUUUUUUUUAUAGUUAGCAGUUAGGUGUAGAAAUGAAUAUGACAGUAGCUUGCUCUUACAACUUCCUUGCUCCAUUGGAAACAUUCAGAAUGUGCUUUUGACCUGGUUUUGUUUUUAAUGUGUUAAAUGUUUUGAACAGCUGUUAAAGCACUGCUGUAAAUUAUUCCUUUUUUGAGUAAAUAUUUGCAACAAAAUUUUGUCUUUGUGAAUAAUUUCACUGCUCAGCUUGAAACUUUGGGCAUAAUGUUCCCACCUUUUUAUAAAAGAUUUGGUAGCAGUUUGCAGGAACAGUUUCAUUUCAAAAUUUUCAUUUUAAAAUUGUGAAUUUGAUGCUUAAGUGAUUUUUUUUCUUUUUUGUUUUUAAGAAUUAAAUGAGCAAGUGCCUAUGCAUAAGAAUAUUUUUCUAGCUAUGUGUUGUGGUUAGAUGUGCUGACUUUUCCAGAUUACGUGGAAAUAUUUUUCUGGACCAUCAGCAUGCAAUUGAAGUUUGCUUUGUCCUUCUAUGUUGUCUAGACUUGGCUUCUAAAUGAGUCUAAUCAGCAACAGCAUUAACCUGUAGAGACCAUUCUGAUUGUUGUUGAGGCCUCUAAAUAAACCACAUCUCAAAAUUG